GUUUGGAGCCGCAACACAACUUCCGAGAAGAUGAAAGCCAGCGUGUGCAGAUGUUUGUUCGGCCCGGCGGAUCACGACCAGCGACGCGGGGACUUGGAGCUAAAACUCGGGGAAAUUGCGGCGGAGAACAACGAGCGAUGGAACUUUAACUUCGUCACCGACACGCCGAUGCCGGGGAGGUUCGAGUGGGAGUCCACCCACCUCUCCGCCGACUUUUACCUGGAGAUGGAGGCGGCAUCCCCGGGGAGGGACUCUUCCAUGCUGGAGGGGAACAACCGCGGCAGCUCGUCCAAGAAACAUCCCGAUAAAGUGACGCCUGUGCGGGGGAGGAGGACCAUGCUGAAGGCCUGGAGGAAUGCAAGAAUCACAGACUUUUUUGUCAAGAGGAGGAGCUUCACAGAAAGCAAACUCAGCAACUUUGUGACAAGUUCCACGGACGCAUCUUCGUGCAAAACAAUGAGAUGACCGUUCGGCCACUUAUACAUACUCUUAAACUCAUCGGGGGGGCGAAGACUGAUUGUUCUUUCAGUGCAUUUUUGCUGUAUUUUAUUCCAUUUUACAUCGUUUUUCCUGUAAAACUGACAUUUUUGAUGUUCAAUAAGUUACUCCAAAGUUAAACAGGACAUAAAAGUCCUAUCAUUUUUGGUUUUAAUUAUUUUUGCUCUCUCCAACUUCUACAGAAAUACCAAACAUGUUAAUAUUUUAACCCUCUGAAAGCCUUUUGAUCAAAUGAUGUCACCGGUUUCAGUUGGUCUAAAUUUGCAUAAUGACUUCGCUUUUUCGGCUUUAAAUAUGCCUUGUUUUGUUUUUAGUUUCUCUUUUUUCCCUGUUUGUUGUUGUUGUUAUUGUUGUCUAGUUCCUACAAUGUGCAGAAUGGGACUUUCUCUGCUGCUUUUAUUUAUAUGCUUAAUUUUAUUCAAUUGAAAAUGUGUAGUUCUUUAUUUAUUGUAUUUAUCUUCAUUUUAAUUUAACAUGCUUUUUUUUAUUUUAAUAAUUAUUAUUGUUUGAUGUGUAGUUAGUUUUUUAUCAUUUUUAAAAUAGAAUGUUAUCUUUGUGAAAUAUAAAGAAAGCUCCAGUGUAAGUUGAUGUCUGAAAC